AGAAACCACCUACCUGUGGCAAAUGGAUGACACGGCACCUUACUCAUAGAAGGGAAGCCAGAUAACAUAAUUUGUACUAGAAUGGACAAUUUUUUGAAUCAAAUGAGGGUGCCAUUUACUGGUGCAGAGGAGAGCAAAUCUGGUCUAGGUGGCACCAAGGAUCCGAAAAUACCAAUACAAAAAACUCGGUCUUUCAAAGGAGAAAACAAGGGUGGCCAGAAUUGGUUCCAGAAACAGUUUGCAAGGAAAAGAAGCGGUGAUCAUGAGUCCAGAGACAUGGACCAUGCUGCUGCAGUAGCUGCUGCAGCCUUUGCAAUUAAUUUGCUAGAUGUCUCUGAAGAGAAGAAAGAAAGCCCGAAGGCCUUGUUGGAAAAGACCAAAAGCAGGGUGAAUGGCACAAAACCUCCAAUUCCCCUACUUAGUAGUGCCUCCAAGAGAUUGUCAGGUUCAUUUAGAUUAAAAGAUGACCAAGGUAAGAAGCCAGAAGAGGCAAUUAUCCCUGCACCAUCAAUGAAAAAGACUUCAACAUUCAUUGAUAAAAAGCCUGAGACUUCAACAAAGCAUGAUCUUGGAAGACAGACAACUCUUGGCGAAUCUUUCGAAAGACACACAAAAGCAGAUGAAUGGGAGAGAACCGAGCUUCAAGAUAUCAGACAAAGGUACGACAAGUUGAGAGAGAGGAUAGAUUCAUGGGAAAACAAGAAGAAGAUCAAAGCCAAACACAAGCUAUAUGAAGAAGAGAGAGUACAUGCAAAACGAAAGAUGAGAGCUUUAGAGGAUUUUCAAAAUAAGAUUACAUCUAUAGACAACAUUGCAGAACGGGCGAGAACCAGGACAGAAGAAAGCCGGAAGAAUGAAGUAAACAAAGCGAAAGCAAAGGGAAAUGUAAUUCGAUCAACAGGCAAAAUGCCAGCCAUUUGCUUCUGCUUCUGAUAUCACCAAUUGUGUAUUAUCACAAGGUUUGGGGAACUAACGGAGAUCUAAAUAUAUGUUUUACAGUUGUAUCUAUAGCUCUUAGUCCUCACUUGAAACUUUGAAACAAUGCAAGUUCCUAUAAAAUUUGGAAAAUGAAAAACUGAACAGUUAAACA